UGGGUAUUAAUAAUAAACCCAGGCGUUGUCCUCAAAGCUGACUCGCACUCCAUUACUCCGCUCUUGAUCCGUUUGAUCUUUGUACGAGAUAACGUAUAAUAAAUCUAUAUCCGUCUCACUGUUUUUUUCUCUCUCUCUACACGAGUUGCGAGUAAAUAAACAGAUUUACUUAUACUACCUUUUACCUCAUACCGUCUUGGCUUUCCCUUUUUUUUUUGCAAACCUCGACGCUCAAUCUUUGAACCUUUUUUCUGUUCUUCCUUUCCCCUACAACUCAGGACACCUCGUCGCUCAUCAUCGUCAACAUGAAGGCCGUCGUCUACCGCGGGAAGCAGGCCGUGGUCGAGGGGGACCGGCCGAUCCCGAAACUCCGGGACGAUUACCUCCUCGUCAAGGUCGCCGCCGUCGCCCUGAACCCGACCGACUGGAAGCACGUGGCGGGGGACAUGGCCGCCGAGGGCGGCCUCAUCGGUUGUGACUUCUCCGGCUACGUCGAGGAGGUGGGUUCGGCCGUGACCAAGUCUUGGUCCAAGGGGGACCGGGUCAUGGGCGUCGCCCACGGCGGCAAUUUCGUGCAGCCCGACGACGGCUCCUUCGCCGAGUACAUCGUGGCCAAGGGGGACGUCCAGAUCAAGAUGCCCGACGGGUUGACCUUUGAGCAGGCCGCCACGGUGCCCCUCGGCGCCUUCACCGUCGGCCAGGGACUCUACCAGCAGGCCCUCAAGCUCAACCUACCCACCGACCCCGUCAAGACCGGAGAGUACGUCUUGAUCUACGGUGGGAGUACGGCCACGGGGGCUCUAGGUGUUCAAUAUGCUACGUUGUCAGGAUACAAAGUCAUAACGACCUGUUCCCCGCGCAACUUUGACUACGUCAAGUCUCUCGGGGCCACCGAAGCUUUCGAUUACAACGACCCCGAGGGCGCCAAAAAGAUCCGCGAGUUGACCGGCAACAAGUUGAGAUACGCCUGGGACACCGUCUCCGAGGCCAACUCUCCCCAGUUUUGUGCCGACGCGCUCAGCUCCGAGGCCGGCUGCGUCUACGGGUCGAUCCUGCCGGUGAAGUUCCCCCGGGACGACGUCGAGGCAACGGGGACCCUGAUGUACUCCAUCUUCGGCGAAGCAUUCGAAUUCCGAGGGACCAAGAUCCCCGCGGUCCCGGCCGACUUUGAAUUCGCCAAAAAGUUCGCCGCCGUCACGGAGAAAUUGUUGGCCGAGGGUAAAUUGAAACCUCACGCCCAACAGGUGGGGAGUGGUGGAUUGGAAGGUGUAUUGCAGGGGUUGGAAGAUCUCAAGGCCGGCAAGGUCAGUGGGAAAAAGUUGGUCUACAAGAUCUGAACACCUACCUUGGAUAGGUAUUAGGUGGCUAUCGGGUCGGCAUUUAUUACCUGUACAUACACUAGCAUAGUGUUGUCAUGAUAUACCAAAUCAAAUGUCUUCGUAUAUCGUUUAUA